AUGCUUUCUAGUGACGGAAGUAUGGCAUCAACAAAUUCGAUCGACAGCGACGAUCUCAACUCCCAAAGAAGUACAAACGAAAACAAUCCCCUGCUACCUACGACCGAGAAAGUUCAAGAAAUAUUUGCAAGAAGCAGACACAUCUGGCAAGGCUAUCUCGAAAGAGCAAAGUCAAUGCAUCGGAUAUCUCCCGAGAGCUUGAAACUUUCAAGCCUGCUACAUCGACUCCCAGCACUACCAGAUGAUUUAGAUGGAGUGACAAUCUUACAAGGACAAUACGAAGCGAGUGCUACGGUGAGAAUCCUACCAGCUCCAGAUGUUGAGCGAGAGCAGGAGCUUGUUCAGCGACAUAUGCCUGAACCUUGUGGUGAAUUCAGCAUCAUUUUGCCCUUGGCACCGCAGGUUCAGACGCUCUUCGGCCUUUAUUCAUUAGACACAUCGAAUGGGUUUCAGGAUUCUGUAUCCGUCUUCUGUCGCCUGCUAAAGCAUGGAAAAGUGCUUCACCAAGUUCUUUCAAAGUGGAUAGUAAAGAUCACUGCCUCCAUAGUGGUCAAAUUUGCACCAGGCCUGAACAUCAGUGAGUAUCAGACUAUAUGCCAUGUUUGGUCUCAUAGGGGAACUAUUCCAAUACCGGAGCCACUGGGGGCAGUUUCCAUUGGAAGUUGCAACUACAUAUUUAUGUCAUACAUCGAGGGAGAUCCUCUUGCAAAUCACUGGCCACAUCUUUCACCUGAGCUAAAGAGUUCUGUACGGUCUCAAUUGGGGGAGAUCUUACGAUGUCUACGGAGGAUGCCGUUGCAAUCCAAAUACCUCGGCAGCGGCGACCCGCCUUUGUGUAGAGAUUUACGACGGCAUGUUCGGACCAGUGUAGGAAGAAUUUCAACUGAGAUGGAAUUUAAAACGUUCUUGAUUUCCACUCGUCGAGAGCUGAAUCCAGUCUACUGCGAUUUGAUUACCUCUACGCUAAGCACAAAUCACCAAAUCGUCAUGACCCAUAGCGAUAUACGCCCUGAGAAUAUAUUAGUGUUGUAUACAGCUCCAAAUGCUAUCAGGAUUACUGGACUUGUUGACUGGGAGUUGAGUGGGGCGUAUCCAGAGUACUGGGAAUAUGUCAAAGCCCUCGCCGGAGUGACUUGGAGUUUAAGUAAUUGGUGUUCAUACUUGCCUACAGAUAUCAUAGGAAGCCACAUUGAUGCAUGGCGCCAAGAAUGCCUAAUAGACCGGUUGGUACUUUGA